GUAUGUUCACUUCAGUGAAGGCCUUCGAGGGGCAGCAGUACUCCACCCUGAAGAGGCAGUGCUUGCAGAGUGGCCUUCUCUUUGAGGACCCCCGCUUCCCCGCCAUCGACGACUCGCUCUUUUACCAGGGCAACAGGAUCGGACGUGUGGUAUGGAAGAGGCCUCGGGAGCUGUGUGAAGACCCUCACCUGUUUGUAGAUGGCAUCAGUGCACACGACCUCCAUCAGGGACAGCUGGGGAACUGCUGGUUCGUAGCGGCGUGCUCCAGCUUGGCCUCCAGAGAGUCUCUAUGGCAAAAAGUCAUUCCCGACUGGAAGGAGCAGGAGUGGGAUACGGAGAAGCCGGAAUCGUACGCUGGAAUUUUCCACUUCCGCUUCUGGCGCUUCGGCGAGUGGGUGGACGUGGUGAUUGACGACCGGCUACCGACGGUGGACAACCAGCUGGUCUACUGCCACUCCAACGACAGCAACGAGUUCUGGAGCGCUCUGGUGGAGAAGGCCUAUGCCAAGGUUUACGGCUGCUACGAAGCAUUGGAUGGGGGAAACACGGCAGAUGCGCUGGUGGAUUUCACGGGUGGUGUUUCGGAGCCCGUGGACCUGCUGGAGGGUCAGAUGGCGACAGACGAGGUGGCUCGCAACCAGCUGUUUGAAAGAGUCCUCAAAGUCCACAACAGAGACGGUCUCAUCAGCUGCUCCAUCAGGGCAACCACAAUAGAGGACAUGGAGGCACGGCUGGACUGUGGUCUGGUCAAAGGUCACGCCUACGCUGUGACGGACGUACGGAAAGUGCGGCUAGGUCACGGACUGCUGGCCUUUUUCAAAUCGGAAAAGCUGCAAAUGAUCCGCAUGAGGAACCCCUGGGGAGAGAAGGAGUGGAGCGGCCCCUGGAGCGACAGUUCGGAGGAGUGGAACAAGGUGAGCAAGAGCGAGAGAGAAAAGCUUGGCGUCACCGUGCAGGACGACGGCGAGUUCUGGAUGACGUUCGACGACUUCUGCCAGUACUUCACUGACCUGAUCAUGUGCCGUCUCAUCAACACCUCCUACCUGAGCAUCCACAAAACCUGGGAGGAGGAGGUGAUGAGGGGCUCCUGGGUCCACCGCCAGGACCCCCUUCGCAACCGGUCCGGAGGCUGCAUCAAUCACAAGGCCACCUUCCUGCAGAACCCUCAGUAUGUGUUUGAUGUGAAGAAGUUGGAGGAUGAGGUGCUGAUCUGCCUGCAGCAAAAAGAGAAGAGAGCCACACCCAAAGAGGGCAAAGGGGAAAACCUCGCCAUAGGCUUUGAUAUUCACCGGGUGGAGCUAAAUCGGAAGUAUCGUAUGCACUCAGCCCAGCAGAAAGUAGCGGGCUCCAUCUACAUCAACUCGCGCUGCGUCUUCCUCAGGAAGGAGCUAAAGGAGGGCCGUUAUGUCAUCAUUCCCACAACCUUUGACCCUGGGCAGCAGGGCGACUUCCUGCUCCGUGUCUUCACUGAUGUGCCUUCAGACUGCAAAGAGCUGACUCUGGAUGAGCCUCCUCAGACAUGUUGGACGGGGAUGUGUGGCUACCCUCAGCUGGUCACUCAGGUCCAUGUACUGAAUGCUGAGGGUCUGCAGGGACAAGACUCCAAUGGAGAUCCCUAUGUGAUCAUCACCUGUGAAGGAGAGAGGGUUCGUUCACCGGUUCAUAAGGACACGCGGUGCCCGAACUUUGACAUCAAAGGCCUGUUCUACCGCAAGAAACCCAAGGAGGGAAUCCACAUCGAGAUCUACAACAAGAACAUGAUCGUGGACACCUUCCUGGGUCAGGUGAUCCUGUUCAGCGACCCCAACGAGCGGCAGGAGCAGCACACGCUUCACCUCCGCGACAAGGGCAACCGCCAGGACAACGACCUUCCGGGCACGCUCACUGUGCGCCUCAUCACCUCGACCACGCUCAACAACAUCUGACGCGAUCGUUUAUACAGUUAUAACGAUUGAAACUCAACGCGCCCAUCGUUCAUGUUCAGCGUUCGUCCUCAAACCGUCGCGGGAGCUCACUGUGUCUGCCGCUUGUUCUCUCUUAUUUUUCCCCCUUUAUUUCUUUUAGCUUUAAAUUCAUCUUUGUCACGCAGGUUUAUAAAGGAUGGAAAGUGUCCAUAGAUGAUAUUUGGGGUUCGAAUCUAACAUCUUUGAACACGUUCCUACCAAAAAUGUCCAUUAUUUAGUGUUUUUGCGUCAGAAAAAGUUGGUUUUGUAGCCAGAAUCUGCAUCAACAACUGAGCUACAGUUUUUAAGAAAAGGCCAAUAUUAGCUUAUCAAAUCUAUUUUCUUUCUGUAUAUUGUUAUAUCCAAUCACACACACACUCAUACAUGCACUUACAGUACACAUUUCUGCACUCUCCAUGCAUGUGCCAAUGUUUCCAAGGGCUAUGCAUUGCCUUAAGGUCGAGUCUGUCUCUCCACCUUGAGGAGGCGGGAAGGUGGGGGGGGUCGUGUUAAAAUCUCUUAUCUUUAUCUGUCCUCAGUCUGCAUUUCUGUUCCUUAAACUCCACAAUACACCCCAGCUUUGUCAUAGUUUCUAUCUCCUAUAUACUGACACAUAAUGUAUACUCUUUUAUAUCUGUGGAUAAUCGUCCCACCCGGUCCGCUCACCCAGACACCUCAAGUCUUCACCAGUUUGCCGGUGCUUUGGAGAGCAUGCAGCACUGUCUGUCACUCUUUACUGUGGACUUUUACAAAGCCAACAGCAGCUAUUCUCUCCCUCUACUGAGAGCUUUCCUGUGUUGGCCUGUGAGCGCGCUCAUGUGUGAAAUCUUGCCUCCCGUCUUCCAUCACUAGAACCAUUUCAAACUUCCCCGAGACGCUUUCUGCCGGUUGCUAUGGACGAUCUUAACACUGCAUGGCUUAAAAAAAAACGAAACUCUUUGCCUGUGCUGCACAUGUCUCCGGUCGUAGCUUAGCAGCCGGUGCUUUUGAUAGUACUACCCUUCCCUUUUUACCCCAACCACCCACCCUACUACCAUGCGACCACCUUCCCAGUCCAGCGGAGUGCAAAGAUUCACCCUGACAUAAUCAAGUGCUUUAUGGGACCAAAGAUGAGCCAAACCCUCCGCUCUCUUAGCCCCUUUCGGACCGCCCUGGCCCGGCCCGGCCCGGCCUGGCCUGGCCCAAGCCUAGCUACAAACCACCACCCCCUGUGCCACAUCAUCUCUUAACGGCAACACCACUGCCUGACGCUUCCUCUGACUUGAGUCUGUUGGCCCAGGCCAAAGACUCGUGCCACGUGACCCCGAGAGACAGCAGCUGUGCUUCUGCUGAUGGCGCAGAACAGGCGUGAGUGUGUGUGUGUGUGUGUCGUGAGGUGUGUUGUGUGCGUCGUGUGUGUGUGUGUGUGUGUGUGUCCUGCUAGUUCCAGCCUUGCUCUGAAUGGGAGUGUUUGGAGUGAAUGUAUAUUUCCUAAAUCCACGUUGUACCUGGAAGAAAACGCUUUCUGUGGAAAGGUGUGAAACGAAGGGAAAAUACUUUUUAAGGGAAACACACACCUUGCACUUUAUUUCAUUUUAAAGCGGGAAAAAAGACCCUUUUGAGGAUUAAAAAGAAAGAGGAGGGAGAGCAGAGGAGACGUCCUGCCAAAACAACCUGUGCCAUCGCCUUGGUCCUGGCUUUGCCUCCACAGCAGGAAAAAACAACACGGGACAUUUGAUGAACAGUUGAGUGAUUUCAGAGGGAUUUCAGACGGCUUUUGCAUAUUGAACCAACACUGGUACAAAUCUAACUUAUCUCUGAUGGCAUUUCUCGCAUAGACCAAGCGGCCAUCCAAUUGGACCUUUUAGUACCGAGGCUUUUUUUUGUGACAGAAAAGCCCAGAACAGAAAAAUCACAACUUGUGUUUUGUUUAUUUCAAAAGUGCAAUAUCAUUGCAGAGACUUUUCAUUCCAAGUUUUACGGACUCUUUGGGUCUUCAGUCCUUUUUUUACGUUUUUUUU